AUAUGCAGAUAAAAACAAAAUAGUAUGAUGUUGAUUGUUAAACUUAAUGGAUUGGGAAAUGUUGAUUUUUUUUAGGGAGAAUGGCAUUAAAGGCCCUAAAAACAGAGUUUAUCUCACUUAGGGCCUAAAUGAAUUUGAAAUUUCUCUGCAGGCCUUGAAGCCUCAAGUGCAAUUUUUUUUAGAGCGAAAAUACUUUUUUGCCCUUAAUGGACAGAAAUGAAAUCCAACAUAGAGAAAGAAUGACAAACAUGGGGAUGGGUAUUCAGCUGGAGAAUGGGAAGGUUUCUGAUCUCUAAUGGAGAGGAGUAACUUUCAAGGUGCAUAGAUUUCGAUAUCUCUCCAUCUUAAGCAGUGCUUUGAUGAUUUCAUGGUUUGAGGUGGAGGUUUCCUGGUUUCUGACAGUGUUGCAGCAGAAAUGAGCUGAGAUUUUUACUAUUCUUAAUGUAGAAAUGAGAGGCAUCCAUUGUUGCUGCAUAAAUCAUUUAAGGGUAGAAAUAAUUUAAGAUUUUCCAUUACUGGAUGUGAGUUACUGGUGAAGUGGCGAUAGAGAUGAUCUUCACUCAUUUAAUAUAUAGUGGUUCAUUUAAUGGAAGCAUUUAAGGGGGUUUUACAUGAGAUAGUAGGGUGCAUAUGAGAUGGAUUUUUUAUUGUACAAAGUUAAAUAUGAUAUUGUUGAAAUUGAAAUUUUAUUUGUGAUUCUACUGCUGAUAUGAGGUAAAGGUUGCUGAACCAUUUUGGCCAUGAUAGAUGAACUUUUUGUUUCACAAUGAUGAUGGUUGACUUAUUUAUAUUGGAGUUUUACACAUGAAUUGAAUGAAAUAUGAUCCAAUAUGAAGAAAAUCUUCUGCCAAAAAUGUUGGAGUAUUUGUUGUGCAAAAAUGAACUUUGAGCUGUUUUUUUUUUGGAUGUUGAGAUGUGCAUUAUGUUAAGCGUAGUCUAAUGAUAAAUUGGAAUCACAUGACGUUUAGGUGAGAAUAUAUGAACUUCGUGUUAUACAUAGUGGAUAUUAUGUUAUGCCUUGUUUUCCUACCUUGAUCAUUCCUUUCGUUAAGCUUAGCCUAAUGAUAACAAACAAACAACAACAACAAGCCUUUAUCCCACUAGGUGGGGUCGGCUUAGCUUAGCCUAAUGAUAAAUUGAAAUAAUAUGAUCUUUCAAGUGAGAAUAAAUAAACCUUAUAUUGUGCAUAGUGAAUAUUGUGUUAUACAUGAUUUGCCUACUUGUGCAAUUUGUUGAGGAAGCCUAAGCUACUGAUAUAAGCUAAAGGUUGCUGAACCAUUAAGUUAGUUCAGGUAAGAAUAUAUGAACUCUGUGUCGUGCAUAGUGGAUAUUAUGUUGUGCUAUAUUUGCCUAAUUUGAGCAUUCUAUUAAAGCUUAGCCUAAUGAUAAACUUGAAUAACAUGGACUUUUAGGUGAAAAUAUAUGUACAAUAUCUAUGGUUGACUUGUUAAUAUUGAAUUUUGACAUGCGAAUUGAAUACAAUAUGACUCCCAAUGUGAAGAAAAUUUGCUGUCAAAGAUGUUGGAGUAUCUAUUGUGUGAAAAUAAACUUUAAGUUGUAUCUGUUGAACUUUGUGUUGUGUAAAAUUGGGCUUUUGUAUGUGAACAUUUAAGUAGAUUAAUUUCUUCAUUGCAGGUUAUUAUAAGAGAUGGAAAGUAAUUCUAGAGAAAAAUUGUUUUGUUUCUUCCACUGUGGCGGUGAAUUUGUGAGGAGUGCUGAUAGUGGUAUGAAGUAUGAGGGUGGAAAUGUAAUUGCAAGAACCAUAACAAAAGGAAUGAAAUAUACAAAGCUAAGAUCAUUUAUAUCUUCAGAAGUUUGCCAUGGUGAUAAUGGAAAUGACGUAAAGUUCACUGUUAAGAUUGAUUCAAGCACAUUCAUAGAUCUGCUUGAUGAUAUUAGAGUUGAACAAUUGUUUGAAUACAAUGGAAAAACUGCUCAUGUGUAUGUUGCUAGAUGGGCUGCACUUGAAGAUGAUCCUGAAGAGAUAGACCAAUUUUUACCAUUUUCAGAUGGAAGUUCGCGAUCUCCUUAGCAUUGGGAUAUUGAUUUGGAAGGCUUCAGCUUAUGCAACUCUAGAGGAGGCAUUCCAACAGAAAGUGGAGAAGAUAAUUUAGCUAUCCAAUGCAUUCCUACCCCUAUUUCAAAGAUGAAUGCUAGCAAGUAGAAGGAUUUGCUUGUUGGAGUAGGACAAAUUUUUGCUCAUGCUGUGGCGUUUAGGAAGGCAUUAUACAAGUAUAGCCUAGCACACAAGUUCGAAUACAAAUUUUUGAAGAACAAACUAGGUCAAGUUAUUGUGAAGUGUACAGUUGGGGGAUGUCCAUGGUAUAUUGGAGUAUACAAGUUAAGUCCCAUAAAAGUAGAUCAACACUAACGUCAUCCAUAAUAAUUGAUGAUUUGAGGGCUUCCAUAAGCAAGUCUCCUAAUGAUAUUAGAUGAGACAUUUAUAGGGAGUAUGGUUUGAAACUUAGUUAUUAUCAAGCAUAUAAAGGCAAGGAGAAAGCUUUGGCUAAAAUACAUGGUCAACCGGAUCAAUUAUAUAUGUUAAUUCCCUGGAUGUGUCAAAGGCUAAUUGAAAGUGAUCCGACCACAGUUGCAAAAUGGAUAGCUGGGCCGUGCAAUAGAUUUCAAUGUUUGUUCAUUACAUAUGGAUGUAGCAUAAAAGGUUUCAUGGAAGGUGCUUGACCCAUACUAUAUAUAGAUGGGUCUUUCUUGAGUGGACCAUAUAAGGGAACUCUACUAUCAGCAUGUGCAUAUGAUGCAGAUAAUAAGAUGUUUCCUAUGGCAUAUGCCGUGGUAGGUGGUGAGACAGUUGAGGAGUGGUCAUGGUUUCUUCAAAAUAUUAAGAACAUAACAAAAUUGCGAGAGAUAGCACUAGUGUCUAACAGACAUAAUUCAAUCAUUAAGGCUGUACAAGCAAUAUAUGGUUGUGACAGGCAUGCUUUCUGUUAUCAUCAUGUGAAAGAAAACUUUGGGUUAGAGUUUUUGAAAGUCACAAGAGGUAAGAGAAAGAAUGGAGUGACAAAGGAUGCAGCAUUCAAGCUCCUAGAUGCAAUAGCUUAUGCAAGACUCCCUAGUGAGUUUAAUGUUACAAUGUCAAAUAUGAUGAAUUUUUCUUCGGAUUUAUUGCAAUGGCUUGAAACACACAGUGACAUAGAUAGAUGGGUACUUAGCAAGUUUCCCUAUAGGAGGUGGGAUAACAUAACGACCAACAUUACUGAGUCCUUUAAUUCUUGGGUUGUCAAGGAAAUGAAAUAUAAUAUUGCUGUUUUUAUGUACGAGCAUAGGGAGAAAUUAGCGAAGAAGCUACACAACAGCAAAGUGGCAUUGGAAAAAUGGACAAAUGGUAUUGGACCAAAUGUGGAGACCAAGCUAAAGGAAAAUGUGUUAAGAGGUGAUACAUUGCAAGUUGAUUUUUAUGCAUUGAACACUGUUAGGGUGAAAACAUUAAAUGGAGAUGUGCGAGUAAAUCUUGAAUUACGUGAAUGCUCUUGCCUGGCAUGGCAGAUGUCUGGACUACCAUAUCCUCAUGCAUGUGCUGCCAUAAAGCUUUCAUAUGGCAAUAUAUAUCAAUAUGUUGAGGAAUGGUAUCAUUUAAGUUGUCAAGAAAAAAUCUAUGGUAAUAAUAUGAUCUCGAUUGAGACUUUUGACAUUCCAAAGCCUGAUACAGCAACAUUAACAGAUAACUUAUCACAAACUUUCUUGCAGCCGCCUUUAGCUAGCCGUCCUCUCGGGAGGCCAAGAACAAGGAGGAUAGUCUCAAUUCCAAGAUAAAAAGAUUUAUCAUUGUUCAAGAUAUGGGGAGGCUGGAUACAGUCACAAGACAUGCAAGAAUCCUAACCCAUCAUGACAAGUAGUUACAUUAUACUUCUUUAGUGUGCAUAGCUAGCUAUAAUUAUGUAUAUGGAAGCAUUCUCAAUUAAUAUUUUUUUGGGUAACUGGGAAUGACAUAUAUUUUUUGUCUGUAUAUAGAGAAGCAAUUGUUAGAUGUUUUGCAUACAGUGGGUAACUUUUUAUGUAUGUCAAACUUGAAAUAUGAUGUCAAAUUUCAUUUGGCUAGUACCAACAUGAAAUUCUUAUCUGAUGUAAUUGUC